GCUAUAAUGGAACAUCUUCAGCAUUUAGCUACGUGGUGCGGCACCUAUACUGUGAGACAAAUAGAACAAUGAACGUGAGCAGUCUGAUUUCCUCUCUGUUAUCAUAUUCAUUCUCAUCGGACAUAUUUUUUGACUAGAGCAUCCAAUCGUUUUAUAUAUAGUUCCGGAUAAGAGUGAAUGAAUGUGGAAACAUGGUACAAAAACGGAAACUUUAUAGCAGUUCCAGAUUUUCGGUUAUGUGAAUGGAUUAGUUUUAAAGCAGAUAUUAAUAUUAUUUAAAGUUAUUACACAAAUAUAUAGAUAUGUUAAUAGACAUGUAAUAAAAUAUGAUUUGAGAUAUUUGGAAAAUUAAUAAAACGAGAAGAGGUAAAAAUAUUUUCAACAACAUAUGAAUUAUUCUUCGUGCUGAUUGAGCUUUUGAAGUACUUAUUAAAAGCUGUUGGAACAUGUCUGUAUAUCUACCAAGAGAAUCAUUAUACACUCCACGUAGAGUGCAAAAAUGUUUAUUUGGAUCAGGUGAAAGUUCAAAGAAAAAGAAGAUCUGUAAAAUUCAAAGAGAUUUAAACUUUUCAAACAGCUCAUCUGGAGAAGAGUCAGAUUUGGGGCCUAUGAAUAUUAUGGAACAUUCUCCACAAAAAGGAAUAUUACUAAAUUCACCAAAAUUUCUGUCUAACUCCCCAUUCAACAAUUCUAAUAAGCAGAUACCAAAUCAGACAAUACUCGAUGCAUCAGAAAGACAAUUUGGCAUAGAGCUGCAAAAUAGUAUAAUAGAAACACCACAUAAGCCUAGAAGUCCAAAAAGCAAAUUAAUAACAUCAUUAAAUUUAGAUAAUAAAAUAUCCUUACCAAGAGUUCAUAGGCGUAAAUCGCUUAAUAUUCUUGAUAUCAUUGAAAAUUCACCCGAGAAAAAAGAAAAUAACUUAAAGAGACAUGCAUUUGAAAAAUUAGAAAAUACAGUUACAAAAUUGCUAAAAACUGAUGAAAAUUAUUUAAUACCAAAAGCUAGAGCAGCUUUAUUUCAAGAUAGAGAUUAUAAAUCAAAACUGAAGAAUAUAACACUCAGUACUAGAAAUUUUUAUAGUAAUUCUGAGACCAAACGUGACUGUAAAAUCAUCUCUGAAUUAGCAGAACAAAAACGACAAGUGAGUUUUAUAAAACAUGCAUCCAACUAUAAAAGAUCUAUGAAAAAACAUACAAUAGGAGGAAUUAAUGCUGGUGUGUCACAUGGUAUUAAGAAACCAAAACUGAAGACAAGUUUAGAUAUAAAACAUAAUAAUAGUACAGGGAUGAUUAAUAUACAAUAUACGAAUAUACAAGAACAUUUUUCAAAAAGAGAAGAGCAAAAAACAGAGCUAGUAAGUUCAUCGCCAGAAGAAAGAAUUUUAUCACCAGAAAUUGAUCUUAAUAAACGCUUUUUCAAAAUUAAAAGGUCGUCAAAGAGAAAUUCUUCAGCUAUAGUAACUAUAAAUAAUAAUGUAAAAUUAAAGAUUCAGUCAGAUGGUAAAAUGGCACUAAAUCAAAAGAGUAGUAAACAGGCUUAUAGACAACCGAAACAUGUAGAUACUUCUUUUGAUGCAACUGAUUUGUCAGUAGAUGAACCAGAAUUAGAAACUGCCAUAGAGAAAGAAAGAGUAAGUAAUAUAUUAAAGAUUUUGGAGAACGAUUGGGCUGAUGAUGAUUAUGAUACUAUGGAAGUACUAAUUAAUGAAAGGCAUGAACAUAUUUCACCAUUAAAGCCAAUAGCAGUAUUGAAUGACGUUACUAUGUCUCCAGCAAGUGAGCUUAGUACUAUGACUUCAACUAUGAAUAUUAAGGACAUUAGUACACCAACAGUUCACAAAAAUAUUUCUUUGGACAAUAAUGAAGUUACAUCAGAAGAAAAAUAUUAUCCAUUAUUUAAUAAAGCUUACUCGGUCAAUAAAAUUUUGAGUGGAAAUAACAAAAAAUCCAUAUCUAAUGCAAAAGAAACCACAAGUUGGCAAUUGUCUAUGAAAUUAAAUGGUGAUGACAAUCAAUAUCAAUUAGACGCAGGGCAAAAGAAUUUUGGAGCAACACAAUGUGCUGAAUGCGGUAUUGUAUAUCAAAUUGGGGAUCCAGAAGAUGAAAAUGCUCAUUUAAAUUAUCAUAAUAAUAAAAAAAGUUUAAAAUUUUCCGGUUGGAAAACGGAACGUGUAAUUAUGGAGGAUCCAUUUACAUUAAGUCGAGUAAUCUUGGUAGAACCAAGUGAUUCGAAAAUAUGUUGGAAGAAAGUAAAAGAAGUUUUAGAAUAUGUUGACAGAGAUUUAGGAUUAGCUUGCACAAAAUUACCGGAUUACGAGGAGAAAAAAGUGUAUUUAUACAUUAGGGACAAAGCUAUUAUAGGAGUGUUAGUCGCAGAACAUAUAACGACUGCACAUCGUAUGAUUCCUGAAUUACUAGAACUGGACUGUUGUACAGCAGAAAGUAGCCCUGCAAAAUGUGGUAUCAAUGUUGUAUGGACGGAUUUAAAUCAUCGUAGACAAGGGAUAGCCACUAAAUUGAUCGAUAUAUUACGCUUCAGCAACCUCUUCCUAACUGAACGGAAACAAACUGAGGAACGGACGCUUUAUGAACCAUAGUAGAGGGGCAGUGAUCUGCUCAUGCCCAUUGUUCUAGUUGUUCCACAAUACAGGUGCUGCACCAAGCGUCCAAGUGCCGAAGUUGUAUAUGCUAGCAUAUACGAGAACCUACUUACCCCCUUAGAACCUACUCCUACCACAAAUGAGGUAUACUCAUUGUGAUUCCAGGUUACAAGAGCCUAUUUCAUUGUACAGUUCUAUGGAAAAAUUCACACUUCUCUAUGCGAGAUAGACAAGUAUGAAAAUAACAAGAUCACGCACUAAUUAAACUUCGUUGCCUCGGAAAAACAAAUAAAUUGUUUAUUACACGUUUUUUUUUUAAAAAAGAAAAGAAAAACUUUCCUUUCAAAUGAUAAUAGAUCAGUGGAGUGAUGUAAUAAUUGUAAUACAUUCUCUAUACACGAUAGCUUUUUAAAUUUAACACUAAAUCUACUUUCCUCGCGAUAAUGUUUUUGUUAUAAUAAACCUAAAUUUCAUUCUAAUAAUAAUUUCAUUAGUUGAUAGACUGCGAAUAAUAUUUCUGACAUGAUGUAUCUGGUUUGCAUACGUGUUUAUUUACAAAAAUGAUAAAAACAGAAGAACAAGUUAACUACAGAUAAGAUUUGCCGUCAUCAUUAAUUUGUGAUCCACGACUUUUAUACACCUUACUUUUAUUACCGAGUAAAACUUAUUAAUUCUCUGAAUUUUAAUCUAUAGUUAAUAUUAGGAGGAUCAUACAUAUUAAAAUUGAUAACUUAACACAGAGAUGUUUAAUAGAUUGCUCACGGACAACACCUCUUUUUCUGAGUUACUCUUGAAGUACCCAGGGACUGUCUUUUGUUUACAUGCUUAAUAUUAAAAAAAAUUACACGUAACGUAUAUAACGUUAAUAGCACAAGAAAGAGAAAGGAAAAAGACAGUGUACUAUGGUGUAUCAUGUUCACGUCUAUUUAUAUUGUCCACUAAACGAGUGUAAAUCUCAAAGCUUAAGGCUUAGAUCCUCAACUUAUAUCCUAGGAGCUAAGAAGUAGCUGGAUACUGUAUUGCGACAAGUAUGAUCAAGGAAGAUUCAUAAGCACAAUAUGAACACAACAUAGCCGAUUUUUAUAACAAUAUCGUGUUUGAUCUCAUUUUAAUCGAGAAAGUCUUACCAAUAUGUUAAUGGAAUUUUUAUUAACAAAAAGUCAAAGACAAAGAAGUUACAUUAUCGUAUUGAUAUUGUCUAAUCGAUACGAAGGCAAUAUAAAUCUUAAAAGAGAAACCACUACCGCGUCGCAUUACUCGCGUCACUGAUUCAAUUGUAACCACCCCUAUUUUUCGGACGAUUGAAUAAUAAUCAAAAAACAAAAAAAACUGUUUUGAAAA